AUGACAUUAAUGGAAAAAUUGGAAAAGUGGAAAAAGGUAGAAGAAACUGAAUCGAAAUUCAACGAAAAGAAAACAGAAACAGGCAAGUCUUUGGAUUCACCGAGUGAGAAAAUAAAGAGGAAAGAUACUACUCUUAGCAGAGAAAGUAAAACACCAAGAAAUAGCAGUAGCAGUAGUGAUCAAAGUGUUAAGGUUGGAAAUAAGAAAAGUUUAAAUAUUACUAACAAAUCGGAUGAUAAAGACAUUGUAAAUUCCGUAUCACCAACACCAUUAGCCGGUGGUAAUGGAUCUGUAUCCACUCCUCCGAUCAAUCAAAACAUUGAGCCCAUUUCAUCUUAUCCCAAUGAUGUGUCUUUAUCAUCCUCACCCUUCAAACCUCUUAAUGUUGGAAUCCAAGCAGAAGCCGUGCAAAUUCAAUGGUCAAUAGUAACAUCAUUAAUUCAAAUAUCACGAUACCGUUAUCCACAUCGACAACUGCCAUCUGGUUACCAUAAGGUAGCGAAUAAUCACCAAAGAGGGUUGUUCGUAAAAGAGGAAAUACAUUCUCCUCGUUAA